AUGGAUUUGAUUUAUGAGGAGACAGGAAAAAGUAUGGAUCGCAUCGUAAAGCGUGUGUUGCCACCUUUUCUGAAAGCUGGGUACCGUAUCACGACGGUGCUCGUCCACAACAAGCCCGAGAUCGCCAUCGGCAGGGCCGCUGGACGCUUCCAGAAAACAGGCCGCUACGCCCCCGACGACUACAUCCAGGGGACCUUCGCCAACAACCUGGAGACGUACAUGGGGCUGCAGAAGGUGGACGGGCUGUCAGAGUUCGUCUACUGCGACAACUCCGCGAAGCAGAUCAGCUGCUGGCGGGACCGCGCCGAUGGAGGAGCGCUGGUGCCGUCGAGCAUCCUCCUCGACGGACCCCCUGUCACCAUGGGCUCCAAGCCGGCCGCGAAGUUGGCCGCAAAGCCGGCCGAGAAGCCGGCCGCCAAACCGGCCGCGAAGAAGCCCGCCGCAGAGCCGGCCGAGAAGCCAGCCGCGAAGAAAAGCCGGCCGCGAAGAAGCCGGCGGAGAAGCCGGCCGCGAAGAAGCCGGCAGCGAAGAUGCCGGCCGAGAAGCCGGCCGCGGGCAAAGGCCGGGGGCCCACGGUGCCACCUGCAGGCGGCAAGGGCAGAGGCGGCGAGCUCUAAAGGCGCUCUGCCCUGCGAGCGGGCGGUGCAGCUGAGCGCAGAUCGAGGACUCCGGGGGCAGCCCCAGCUCGACGCGCGCUCGCGCGCCGCUGUUUUCCAGGGGCAG